AUGGCUUCUUUAGCAACCCAUUUGUCAGCAUGUCUCUUCUUUGUCCCUAUAGGGAUCCGACGCCUCCUUUGUUCCUCCUCUCUCUACCUCAAAAACCCAUCUUUAUUCAAAUCAAAACCAUGGUACUUCUCCAAUCCCAAAUGGAAAAACUUGGAUCUUUACAUCCUCUCAAUUGCACUCCCCAUCGCUUCUUUCUGUCAAAUUUUCUUUUUUCUCUCCAUUUCAGGCCACCCCACUUACCGUUUCUCCUUUUUCCAACAUUUUGCAUCCCUUUGUCUCUUCUGGGUACUUACCAUUUUCUUUGUUCUUUAUGAAAAUCUUGACCAUUUUCUUUUCAAUGAGAGUUUCAUCUAUAUCUACGCUGCCAUAGCCUUUCUUGUUGAGUAUUCUGUUAUUGGGGUUGGGAUCACGGGUCUCGGGAGUGUUGUUUAUGAACUGCUGGCUCAAUUGACCCUUGUUUGUGCUGGUUCUUGCCUGGUUUUGUCCAUUAAACCAACCGCCUUCUUCGCCGAAUUUUUGUUGUCCACUGGAUUGGUUUUUAAAGGGACUUGGUUGUUGCAAGCUGGUUUAUGUUUGUAUACUGAUGCAUUUGUUUUAAAAGGGUGUAAUAAAAUGGUGCUUUUGCCUGCUAGUUCAAAUGCCGAUGUUCAUUGUGAGCUUGAAGAGGAUGGUAUGAGGGGUGUGGCGUUGGUGAAUCUGUUGUUUGUUGUUCAUGCAAUUGGGGUUGUCAUUGCUGGUUUUGUAGUUUUCGGACUUUUGUCAAGUUUUAGGAAUCUGAGGUUUGGGGAGGCAAGUGGUCCAUUGCUGGCUGAGCUUGAAUCAGAGAGUAUAUUGAUGCGCCCGAGUCAUGAACAUGAGAUGGAAUGA